GGAUUUUGUCAUCCUUCUCCUAUUUUAGUGAAUCCGUCUAUCUGUUUAGUAUCCUACUACAUUUACUUUUUAUCCUGCAUUUAACACCGCAUUGGCAAGUGCAAUUGAUUCUGACUGUAGCGGGUGCCGUGCGAAUCUCUUCAAGAUUAUACAGAUAUUGCAGGAGAAUGUCAAGUGAACCCACCAUAUCCUCGAAAUGGACCCGACCAGAUGAUUUUAUAAAGCUUGAACGUCUGAAACAAAAGAAAAAACAAUUAGCAGCACGUGUAAAAAACAACAACAAUACAAAGAAGUACUUGGAAUUAGAUGAGAAUGACAAAAGCAAAUUGUGGGAAACUAAAUUGGCUCAAAAACGGAAAAAUCCGUUUGCAAAGGCUACAGAUGCAGCUAAGAAAAUUAAGAUCAAUGCAGAGGAUGAAGAAAACGGUACGCCUAAGGCUGAGUCUGCUACCACCGCCUCCUCUUUAUUAUGCUUUGUGGAAGAGACUCCGACACGUCCACCGCCUGCCAAACUAGUGCUACAGAAGUUUGAUCCCAUAGCCUUUGCUAAACUGCUAAAGCAGUCUAAUGCUUUGGCCGAAGAAGAAGAUGAUAUGGCUUUGGCGGCACAACAGAAGCAUACGAAGCAUCUACCCAUGGACUGGUGCCUCAAGACGCGUGUUCGUUUCUUUUGCCCUACCGAAUUGCCAUCUAUUCAGCUGAAAACAUCUCAAAUGGCCAGUGGAUUAACGAGCUUUGUUCGUUGUAUAGAUACACAGCAGACAGAGGAGACUACACUGGACAUUUCUGAUGCCACCAGAUUCAAUCAGUGUACUUACUACUGGCAACAUCCACACAUGCCUUGGGUCACACUAUAUCCACGUAAUGCCAAAGAAAAUGUGGCCCAAAAGUUAGGUGAGAGAGAACGCAAAGCCUUGUCUGAGGAAUGGAAUUUCAGUUUUCGCGGACUCUUCCAAUUGUUAAGGGCCCGACAGUGUCCGUAUUUUUACCUGUGUGCCAAUACCUUUACUGUGUUAUUCCGUGCAGCUGGUGUAGGGGGUAGAGCAGAGAGUCAUGCCCUAGUUACACCCUCAACGCGAGGCAUGCGAUUGGCAUUGAGUCAAGAAGGCAUAGAAUAUUCUUUGCCUUUAAAAUUGAAUGUGGACGCUGAUGAGGAAGAGCGCAGAGAAAAGGCUGAAGUGGAUGAUCAAGAGAAACAUUUUGAUAAUGAUGAUGACGAGGAAUGGUUGGAGAACUUGGGUGUAGAUGAGCAUGAGCUUCGGCGUAUACAAUCGUCGCAUGCUCGGAAAGUACAGGCAACUGAAAUGCGUGAUGAUUUUAGUGAUAAUUCUAUAAUUUUUAUGGAAGGCGUGGAAUGUCAGGGAUUUUUUAGUUAUCUUUUGAAUUCCAAGAGUCUAAUCUCCCAAGUGGGACGUUUAGCCGGAAUACCACCUACUCUCUUAUCUCCAAUAGCCUUUCCCAAGGCGACUAUGCAACAUUUAGUUCCCAGCUCCAAAAAAGUGCGGCUGGAUGGUGUAGAUUAUUUUAGUAUUGACAUUAAGGGCCUUCUACUUCCCACAUUCCUGCCAAGCGUGUUUGACAUACUGAGGGAGACGCGAGAAAUGUUUAGUUGCACUUUAGCCAGUUCUAACAAUACUUUUGCUUUUACCAAAGCCACCCAGAAGUUAAUGGAAUCGACAUUACCACCAGAAAAACCAGAUGAAAUGGAUAAAUCAAAUGGAGAAGCUGUCUUUAAUCAGCAAAAUCUUUCCGAAUGCGGUUUGUUGCCGGCAGUGGUCAAAUCUAUUUGCCGCUCUGGUUCCCAAGCAGUGGGACUCUUAGAACGUGUGUGCUAUCAACGGGAUCAAGGAUUUGCCUGGAGCUAAUAUUUGACCCAUUAAGGAGAAGAACAUAAUUUUGGGCACCUUAUUUGUAAUUUUAAUAAAAAUAUGAAUUUAAAUAGCUAA